UGAAUCCUUUCCCUUGUGCAGAUGAUGUCACUGUGGAGUAUAACAAGAUGAAGAUGUGCUAUGAGAAACUGAUGGGUUGCUCUAGUACAGUACACUUCACUCCAAGACUGGAUUUACACACAAAAACUACCGUAUUUGAAUCACAGUCUGGGAAUGGUAGGAAGCGUGUGCAGGUGUCAACAGGUGUACCAAUGUUAACUCCUGAGAUUGUCAAAGAWCUUACAACACAUAACCACAAGCCUACGUAUAGGCUCCAAUGCCCCAAGGCAGGUCUUUUCCAGUGCAGUUCCACUGGACUGGUGUUUCUGAUGAAAGGGAAAGGAGAUGUGGUUUACAAGGUGACUCAAUGGGACAGCAGACUCCUGGGCUCCAGGAUACCAGCAGGACCCCUAUUCAGCAUUGACUGUCCUGAGCAGUCUGUACGCCAACUGCAUCUCCCACACUGUAUGUGUGAUGAGAAGGAUGACAAUUUGUCCGUGGCCCAUGUUACUGAUGACAACAUGGAGAUUGUUCAGCCACUCAAGACGACUGCUACACACGUCAUUGUAAACAUCACACACCUCUCCCUCUUUGGCCUCAUCAGAAAUUGGUUCUCCUUCCUCCCGGUCCGAAGCCAGGUGCUGCUGUUCCUCCGACCACAAGGGAACAGACCCCAGAAGAGCAUACUGAGUGUUAUGUUGUUGCCCAAGAAUGUGCCACUUUGUGAGAUACUGCUGCUUAAAGAUGUAGAGGGGGAUGUAGAAGAAAUCGAUGAGAAGGAAUAA